AUGCUUGUUGAUGGCGAAGAUAGCGCUGCUGCAAAGGUUAUUGUGCACAAUUCCCGGCGUCUCACGAGCGCAAAUAUGGAUAAGUGCGCGGUUGGGCCGAGAUGAUGAAUUGAAAAGACGUUUUAAGGGAGGGCGGAGCGGCGGUCAGUUGCUCCGUCGAGACUCCGCGUCGAUGGGUCGUCUCCUGAGCUUUUUCUGGUCUCUGACCUUUCUCCUCCUUCUGGAAGUCCGAGGUUUCGAACAUUCUCGAUCUCAAACCUCAUUGGGAACUCAGAAGUCAAUGCUUCGCCGGCUGGAAGAGAUUGUGCUAAACGAGCGGUCGGAUACAUCACUUCAUGGGGGAAGCAGCCAUUCACCGAUGAACAGGUACUAGGAGGAGGAUAUCGAAAUUCGGAAAUGAAGGAAUUUCCGAGAAAAAGUUCAUAGGAUGUGUCUAUAGAGCACACGAGCGUGUCGGUCAGUAGUUACUUAGGUCAUUUUUCUGAGCUUUCCUAAAACAACAUUAAGAGAAAAUCUAUAAAAGUCAUUUAUAACCAAGAAAAAAAACUUGAGGCAAAACGGUUGACCCACUUGGUCUACGCCUUUUUCGUGAUGAAACCCAACGGCGAGCUGCAUCUGGAGAGUGAAACUGCUCGACAGAGACUCACCGAGAUAAUGAAAGUCGCUCGCGCUCAUCCUCACCUCAAAGUUCUCUACGCGAUCGGCGGCUGGGAGAACUCUCAGUACUUCUCGCUGUUGACGGCCGACCAUCCUCGGAGGUUCGUGCUUCUCGGAGAGUUGACAUCCUCGUAAUGUCCCUUCAGAUCGAUCCUCAUCAAGAACAUGAUCCAAACGAUGAAGGAGUUCGGCUUUGACGGCAUCGACAUCGAUUGGGAGUAUCCUGUGACCGGAGGCGCUUUCGAAGGGACGCCGGUAGUCACAGAGUCUUUCGACUUGCGCAAGAAGCAGUUCAGGCGGACCGCAAGAACUACGUUCAUCUGAUGCGCGAGUUGCGGAACCAACUGAGGGAGCUCGAAGAAGAGCAAGGUCGCUCCGACGGAUAUCUCAUUUCUUUCGCCGGCGCCGCAGGACAUUGGGUUUUGAAGCCUGGUAAGACUCACCUAGUCUUUUAAUCCCUAGAUAAUACCUCGUUUGAGGGUACGAUCUCGCGCAGUUGGUCAAGUACGUUGACUUCGUGAACGUCAUGUCCUACGACUACUUCGGAGCCUGGGCUUCGAAAUGGGGAGCUUUCACUGGUCCACCGGCUCCGCUGCACUUUGCCAUGCCGAAGAAGUUUGUGGAAUAUGAGGAAAAUUAAAUGGCUUCAAGGUUUUCUGGACGGAUGAAUGUUCACGCUACUUUGAAGUACUACAGCUGUCAACUGAAGGCCACAAAUAAGGUAUUUCAAACUUCAAAGGGAAGAAAUUCUCUCAGGAAUUUUAGCUUUCUGGACUUUGGUUUGAGAUUUGAUUUUUUUUUUUUUCCUAUUAAAAAAACGCUUCCAAGACGCUGAUUUCGAAGCAUACGAGCUCGGAAACGGCGGUGUAUGUGCGAAUAGUUCGACCGAAAUAAAAAGUUCAAAAAAAAAAAGAAACUCACUGGUCAGACUGAACUCAUUUUUGGAAGCUGGUUGGAGUUACCAGUUAUGAAAACCUAUUCUGUUCAAGAUUUUUAUAGCUUUUCUCCAAGUAUUCCAAAUAUCUGAAUAAAACUACCUCCCUCGUUAGAAAAACAAUAGAAACCCUGCAGAUAAACAUGGGCGUGCCCUUCUACGGCCGCUUCUGGCACAACGUUGGAGACGCCGUCGACCCGGCCGACGACAUGUGGAGGACGGCUACCGCCACAAACACCGAAGGCACCAAAUUUGAGGUGCCAAUAAACCAGAGAAGUGUUCAUAUCCAUCCUAAGCUUAGGGCGGCGAUGUCCAAUGGCGCGAUCUUGCUUCAAAGUUUGACGUCUCGCAGUCGAAGUUCCACAGCGGCGCCAAGAGUCCCUUCAUCUGGCUCGCUGCCAACAAAACCUUCGUCGGCUACGAGAACAAGGAAAGCCUCGGACACAAGGUCGACUACGUCGUCGAGAACAACAUCGGAGGCGUCAUGAUCUGGGCUAUCGACUUUGACGACGACCAGCUCACUCUUCUGAAAGCGACGACGGAAGUCGGCAGAUUCAAUUGAACAGACACUUAUGGAUAGAGACUUCAGAACGGUUUGUGUCUCUCCUCGAAGGUUUCGUUCAACUACAAGUGCUCUCCGAUCAACGACCAGCGCUGGUGGACCUACGACGACGGCGAAGUUGGUUUCAAAUUGUAAUUUGAAACACAAAUUCCCACUCACAUUAUAGAUCAUUCUAGUCUUUCACGGUUUUCAGAAAGAAUUAAUAUUAUUAUUCAGGAUAUGGCAGGAAUGUGUGGCAAGUCUGCUCCAUUGUACGACGGCUUCUAUCCAGUCUGUGACCCGGAUGAUCCAGGACACGCCUGCUGUGGGAAGGUUCAAAAAAGACGUUUCUUGAAGAUUUUUUGUCAAAACUGAGUUCAGUACGGUUACUGUGGAUCAGGGCCGGAGUUCUGUUCUUGCCCCGAAUGCGUGGACUACGGUGCCGACCCCAGCCUUAUCCUGAAAGAACCGAUCAAGCCUACUCAGGCCAUUACUUGGUAAGGUCAUUUCAUUGAUAUUUUACUGUUUUCAGAAGAGUCAACUUGGUUCGGUUCAAAAAAUGGCUAUGCGAAAAACAAAAAAGGGUUUCAGGUACACUUCUGACGCUGGCGACGGAAAGCGCGGAAGAUGUGGACGAGAAGUGAAAAAGCUCCGGAUCAACACUAAAUAACUGAAAUAACGUUAUAGGUACCUCCACUGAGCGGCGAAGCGCCCACAUGCAAUCCAGAUGAUCCCACAGCUCAUUGCUGCAGCAACGGCGGAUACUGUGGCAAUACCAAGGUUCAGCCAAUCAUUCAUUUUUUUUUUGUUCUGGUCAUAGAUGUAUCCAGUGAAUGAGAACUUUUAAAGCUAAAGCGAACAACCGCCUGGCGAACUUGUUGAAAGCAUGGUCUCGUUCUUCUGCGCGUAGUCCAUCCAGUUGCGCCUUGACAAGCUCAGAAUACAGCGAUGUUAGUGCUGGAGCCCGGAUACCGUGCUCUAGGUAGAAGCCUCAGAAUGAGCGACCUUUUCGAACGAAUUAAUCCAGUUCGGAAAUAACCAAAACCCUUGAAGGAACACUGCGAGUGUGUCGGUUGCGUCGACUUCAGCAAGCAGCGCGACUUCAAGUACAAGCCUCUGCAAUGGUGGACGUUCGGCGAGAACCCGGCCAACGUCGGUUAGUCUUCCGAAAGCGAUGGGCCGAAUAAGAAGCUUGAUCUGCAGGACGGUGCGGUCCAGAUGCGCCGCGGCUCUCGACUGGCAAGACGCCAAAGUGCGACCCGGACUCGGAGGCGUUCUGCUGCAGCCAGAGCGGCUACUGCGGAAAGGGCGAGAGCUACUGCACCUGCCUUGGCUGCGUCGAUUUCAAGGCCAAUCCCAACUACGAAUACUGA